ACCCAUUAGCCGGGCCGGGGGCAGCGGGGUCCAGGGCGGCGGAGGCUGGGACAACGCAGUACCUCCGGAGCUCGCCCUGGGCCACGAGGGGACCGCCACCAUGGCGGAGGAAAACAUCUUCCUGUUCGUGCCCAACCUCAUCGGUUAUGCCCGGAUCGUCUUCGCCAUCAUCGCCUUCUACUUCAUGCCCUGUUGUCCACUCACGGCCUCCUCUUUCUACCUGCUCAGCGGGCUGCUGGACGCUUUUGAUGGACACGCCGCCCGAGCCCUUAACCAAGGAACCCGGUUUGGAGCCAUGCUGGACAUGCUGACCGACCGCUGUGCCACUAUGUGUCUGCUGGUCAACCUGGCCCUGCUCUACCCUCGUGCCACGCUCCUCUUCCAGCUCAGCAUGAGCCUGGACGUGGCCAGUCACUGGCUGCACCUGCACAGUUCCGUGGUCCGGGGCAGCGAGAGUCACAAGAUGAUUGACCUGUCAGGGAAUCCAGUGCUACGGAUCUACUACACCUCCAAGCCCGCUCUGUUCACCAUGUGCGCUGGAAACGAGCUCUUCUACUGCCUGCUCUACUUGUUCCACUUCUCCGAGGGACCCUUAGUCGGCUCCGUGGGGCUCUUCCGCGUGGGCCUGUGGAUCACAGCCCCCGUGGCCCUGCUCAAGUCCCUCAUCAGUGUCAUCCACUUGGUCACGGCCUCCCGCAAUAUGGCUGCCCUGGACGCUGCAGACCGAGCCAAGAAGAAGUGACCCCAAAGCCCUGGGUCCCCCGGCCACUUGCCUGCCUGCCCUGGGCGUUGCCUUGUGUCACGAGGCCCACACCCUUCCUGCGAGGAGGCCUGGGGCUCUCACAUAGUCUUCGUGUGUGCUCUACCCUGCUGGGAGGGGUCAGCUUCUCUUGGGGUGACAUGGCAGUCUCAGGACCAGGCGCUCCCCCUGGGCUUGGAAAGUUCUGUGGGGGUCCGGGGGGCAGUACCUGCCUGCUGGUCAGUCCUGGGCCCGAGGUGCUGGGGAAAUUGGAGUGAGGGAGCUGGUGGAGAGGGCGUGGCUUGCCCAAGGGGCAGGAGAGAAGUCUUGGAGUGCCAGGCCAGGAGGGAGGGGCCACCCACAUCCCUACCUGUCAUGGUGUGGUGUCCUCCCCCUGUCCACACUGGCUCAAGAAGCCUGGGCAAUAAAGGCAGCAGCUUCACCAUG